AUGGGUAGCAGCAGUCGUUUGGGUGGUCUGACGACCUCAUCAUCAAGGUUUUCAGCAUCAAGCCCGGGAUCAUCUGCUUUGGACCAUCACAGUGGAGGUAGUGGAACAGGAACGACGGCUGGUGGUGGUGGUCCUGCAUCAUCCAUGACACGUAGUGGAGACGACCGGCUAUUGCAGACACAACCUAGUGGAUUGGCAGCGGGUAGCGUGAUGUCCAUUGAAGAAGAGGCCAAACUCGUCUAUGGUGUUGUAUUUUCAUUGCGUAACUUUGUGAGGAAAUUGAGUGCAGACCAAGAUGAAUUUAUUUCGUAUCGAACAUCCACUUAUCGAUUGCACUAUUAUGAAACGCCUACUGGACUCAAGUUUGUCAUGAAUUCGGAUGCCAAUACGGAAUCAUUGCGUGCCGUGCUCAAGCAAAUCUAUGUACAACUCUACGUGGAUUUCGUCGUCAAGAAUGGAUUGAUGAAGUUUGAAGAUACACGCUGGGAGAUUAGUCAAGGUGUUCUUCCUCCCGAUCAACAACAACAGCAACAACAACAAGGAUCGAUGAAUGAUAUGAGUACAAGUGGUAAUGGAACAGCUCGUCCUUCGGCACCUCCCCCUGGUAAUAUUUGCAAUGAGCUAUUCAGGAUAGCUGUCGAUCGUUUUAUUCGAAGCCUGCCAGUAUUUGAAUAA